AUAAGAUAUUAAUAAAAAUGUCAUAGCUCCCUUAAUAAGGAUAGCAAUCGAAAAGCCAUUCAAACUUGCCUUAAUCAAAUAUUCCUUAAGUUUAAAACCAGAACUAGUUCAUUCCUUAAUAAGGAGUGCCAACAUAGGUUUUACCUUAGAGUUAGCCAUAAUUUGUGGUUCCACCUUAGAAUAUAGGAAGAGCACCAAUAAGUGGAUUUCCAGCACAACAACUUCCUUAUUUAUAGCAAUAAGGAUAAUAACCAUUACCAUAAUCAUAGAUCAUAGGAUAAAAUGGUGUUCCUUAUUAGACAGGUCCAGUGUAAUUGAGUUCAUAACUCUUGACAGAAUAAGCAAUAAAGGGAGAAUCAAGGAUUGAAUAUGUUCCAUAUGAGAGAGUAAUUACAGAGUAUGAGGAAGUGAGAAGGUAAGUACAAGUGCCAAUAACACGAUAAAUAACUGAUUAUUAUGCUGUUUAAUAUGAAGUUGAAUAUAUUCCUUAAGUAAUUUAGGAGAAAUAAAUUGGUAUUAAUUUAUUCAUUAUAUAUAAUUAGAAUAUGUACCAGUAGAGAGAAUAUAAGAGAGAACAGAAUAUUACACAGUAUAAAAAUAAAAUAUAUUGCCUGUAUGAAUAUCAAUAAUAAAUUUAAGGCUUAGCCAGCAAUACAACAAUAAACAGUAGCAUAAUAAUAAACAUAAACUAUUCAAACGUAGAGAGUAUAAUAAUAGUAAAUGGUAGUGGUAAGAGUUUUAUAAUUAUGUAUAAGACUUAAUAACCCCAAUAAUAUUUGACAAUUUCAUAAUAACCAUAAGUUACUACAACAAAGUAUUAAGCCGCCCCUUAAGUUUAGACAACAACAUUAAUAUCUGGACAACAUUAAAUUCAAUAGCCAAUAGUAAAUACAAUUAUUUAAUAACCAUAAAUUACCACAGCAACAAUUUAAGCACCACCUGUAGUAUAGAAUACUAUUGUACCAUAAACAUAAUUAACAUCUACAUAUGUUCAAUAAAAACCUGCCAUUACAACUACUUAAUUACAAUCAGUUCCUCAAACUAUAUAAACUACUAGUGUAGUUCCUUAAACAAUAUAAACAACCAACCUUUAUCCUUAAACAAGCAGUUUGAUUCCUUAAACUAGAACUUUAAGUAAACCAGCUACAACAAUUGUUUAACCUUAAACAACAAUACCUUAAGCUUCAAUUCCUUUAGCAACUACUACAGUUUUACCAUCCUAAUUAGCUCAGACAACUGCAGUUCCAGUUUCUAUUUACAAAGACAAUUAGAGAUUACCAGCAGCUGGUAAUACUCUCUAUAGAAACACUUUACCACCAAUUUAACCUGGUUAAUUAGUAUAAACAGCUCCUCCUUAAUAAGUAAGUUAAUAAUUAAUAUGUAGAUCCCAACUUAGCCUUAAUAGCCAUAAGUAUAAGGAAAGCCAGAUAAAGAUAAAACAUUUUUAGAAAGGCUUUUUGAGUGAAUUAUAAUCAAA